UGGAGAGCGUGUUGAGUUUAAUCAAUUCAUAACGUCGAGAUGGAGCCGAACUCACUGAAGUGGGUGGGCUCGUCUUGCGGUUUACAUGGAGCAUAUAUAUUCUAUAAAGCCUUUAAAUUUCAUCGGGACGGCAAACCGAGGAUUCUGUCUCUCGGAGACUUUUUCUUCGUCAGAUGUAAACCGGAGAAUCCUAUUUGCAUAGCGGAGCUUCAGCUGCUCUGGGAAGAAAGAACAAGCAAGCAACUUUUAUCAAGCUCCAAACUUUAUUUUCUACCCGAGGAUACUCCCCAGGGACGGACAGUCACUCACGGAGAGCAUGAAGUAAUUGCAGUGUCUGAGAAGGUGAUUGUGCGGCUGGAGGACCUGGUCAAAUGGACGGUACCAGACUUCUCAGGAUGGGCCCACGGUCUGAAGGCCGAGCCUCUCAAACCCUCUGUGCUCCGGGAGCUGGGGACCAACGGGAGGCGGGAGGCCCUCCACCGCUACAGAGAGAGCACCAUGACCAGCGGCCUCAACUUCAAGGAUGUCCAGAGGGAGCGGGCACAACUAGGCCAGGAGGAGGAUGGGCGGAAGGUUUUGGUCCUCAGUUACCCCCAGUAUUGCCGUUACCGCUCAGUUUUGGCACGGCUCAGAGAGCAGCCUUCCUCUAUGCUCAUAGACCACACGGUGCUGGCGCUGGGCGGCAUCGCUGCAUUGGGCGGGAACACGAGGAUCCUGUACUGCCGGGACACCUUCGAACACCCCGCCCUGCUGCAGAACGAGAGCAUCUGCGAUGAGUUUGCUCCCAACCUGAAGGGGCGACCUCGGAAGAAGAAACUGUCCAUUUCUCAGAGGAGGGACUCCCAGGGUCAGGCUCAGGGUCAAGGGUCAUCAGGGUCAACCCAGGGGUCGACAGCAGGGGCAGCACAAGACCCCUGCAGCCCAGAGAGUAAAACUACUACCAAGGUCAAACCCAACUGUAAAACGGUACCCAACGGAAAAAUAACCCCAGCAGCCAAACACAAGGCCAACGGCCUCAGCAAGAAAUCCUCAGCUGAGGAGAAGGAGAGAGGGAAAGACAAGGAAAAGGAGAAGGAAAAGGAGGAGAGGAACGAGAAGGAGGAGAAGAAAGAGGAGGAAACAUCAGAGGAGAGUCGAGCGGAGGAGCAGGCUUUCCUAGUAGCACUCUACAAGUACAUGAAAGACAGAGACACGCCCAUAGAGAGGAUUCCCUUCCUUGGCUUCAAACAGAUCAACCUUUGGACUAUGUUUCAAGCUGCUCAGAAACUCGGAGGAUAUGAGUUGAUCACAGUGCGCAGACAAUGGAAGCAUGUAUAUGAUGAAUUGGGCGGGAACCCCAGCAGCACAAGUGCCGCCACGUGUACACGGAGACACUAUGAGAGACUCCUCCUUCCUUACGAGAGGCACAUUAAAGGUGAGCAGGACAAACCCCUCCCCUUGGCCAAACCCAGGAGGCAGGAGGGCAGCCAAGAGAAGGCCUCAGGAGCCAAAGCCAAAGGAGUUGGGGCCAAGAAAUUGAAAGGCCCCAACAAUCCCAAGCUGGGGAGUAAAAAGGACAGAGAGGAGACAGUGAAAGGCCAAGAACAAUCACAGGACUCCAAGGAGAAAGAGGAGAAUCAUGAACUGUCCACAGCUGUAAAUCAGGAGGUAUCUCUGAUAGAUGAACCAAUUGUAAUAGAGGAGGAAGAGUUACAUCUUACCCUGAAGAAAGAGGAAUCCUUGGCAGUGGAGCAGCCAUCUUCACUGUGCCCCAAAGAGCCAGACUCCAGAGCCCCACAUGCUGGCCUACCGCUCCAUGCAGGGUCCGGUCCCCAGCCUGAAUGGAGGCAAAUCACUGAGGUCCUCCAAGCAAAACUGACCUGUGAACAGCAAACUGAAGGGCAUUUCAUUCCUAAAAACCCCUACCUGCCUCAUCGUUGGGAUCAGAACAAACCUGCUGGACAUGUUGCUCUGCCUGAGUCCUCCUCCAGGGGCAAAGACUCCAUAGAAAGUCAUGGUGGGAGAGUGGGGAAGGUUUUACCAAUGUGUAAGCAGGCAGACAGACAGUGUAUAGAUUUGAGCACAGAUUCCUUCCCGGAGAAAGAAGACUAUGUAGUCAUUAAAAAGGAGUCUUCCCAAGGCCCCGCACAGACAGCUGCCUACUGCAAAACCAGUCAGGGGGUCAUGUCGCCUUUGGCCAAAAAGAAGCUCCUCUCCCAAGUGUGUGAGUCCAACCCUUUCUCCUUUACUUCUCCUCUUCAGCCUCCACCUUCCACAGCAGCUUCCUCUCUCCCUGUCAUAUCAGUGGCAGAAAGGGAGAAGGAGAAGAGAAAAGAUGAGGAGGAGGUGGUAGGACUGAGGCAAGGGUGUGUGUCAGACAACAUCCCGGAGGUAGCACCCAUAUUCAGGCCAUCAGUCAUUCAGCAUGCACAGAGCAGCAAGCCUCACCAACAAGCCACCAGUUGCACAUCAGAGAGGGGCUCUGCCGGGGAGCUUUCAGAGACCUACAGCGGCCGAACGAGCCAUCACCUUCAGCCUCACGUCAAUCCACCAUGGCAGCCCUAUCUCCCCCGAAACCAUGCCCAGGACAGUGUGGAGAGCACUGGAGAGAAGCUUCUCCAAGGCCCAGCUGCUCAGCCGCGGGGCUACGCUGGUGACUGCUACUCCUCCCCUCACCUCCACAGUCUGUACAGGCAAACUGAGAACUGCCUGAGCCAGGAGAGGAUGGUCAGCUUUGCCAACGGAGAGCGGAGAGAGCACUACACCAGGGACCGUGAAGGCAGCCAGGGCUUUGUCUGUGGUGGCCUGGAGCAAGAGGGCUUGGCCUACAGAUCUCACUACAGUGACAGGACUCAAACACACGGAGAAAGCAGAGGGGCAGAUGAUGAGCCCAGAGACUUCACAAUUUCUAAACCUCUCUCUCAGAGGGUGUCCUCCUUUUCCAAACCCUCUUUCUGCAGUCUCCCAUAUCCCAUCAUGCACCAGGGUUUGGAAUCCCACCCUAAGGCAUGCAGAGUUCCUCCUAUGACCAUUUCUCCUCCCAAACAGAGCUCAGCAGAAUCAUCGCAGUCAUUUCCCAGCCCCAAAGCUUCAAGUGAUUCGUCCCUCACCAUCCCCAUUCGACCGAGCAAGCGGAGCCUAGUGGAGCCCGAUAACGAUGAAGUCCCAGAAAGGAAAGUCCGUGUGGUGACACCGAUCCACCCUGCCGGCUCAAUCCGACGCAGCGACCCAGAAGAAUUGAAACCAGCUGAGCCAGCCCACGCUGUUCACCUUAACAAUCAUCUCCCUGAGGGCCACCCUACAACCACCUUCCCCCCACCCCAUGCUGCACACCUCUACACUGGCAUGUACCCACCUGGCAGCCUGGUCUCACCAGGAGCCCAGGACGGGCUCCAGCAGCACCCAGGUCUGCAGUACCUGAAGAGCCAGUCAGCAGUUUCUCCCCUUGUGCCCCCGUUAGCCUUCCACCCCAUGAUUCUCCACCGGCAGCUGUUGGCCUCCAGCCCCAGUCCACACCACUUCUACAGGCAUCCAGGUGGGGCAGCACUGUAUGGGGACCUGUUGCAUCACCUGUACCCUCUCUCCACCCUCCCACCACCUCAGCUGUCCUCGGUACACCCCAGCACCAGACUGUGAGGGAGAGAGGACAGUUUCUUUCUCCCUCCCCUUCCUCAUCCACAGAAACUUUUUCGGCUUGUCUUUUUCUUUCUGUCUCUCUUUGCUCGGGGAUUGUGGCUCAGUCGAAGGAAAACACUGAUUAAAAAACUUUGGCUGAUUACAGACUGAUAAACUCAUAAGUCAGACUGAAAAUUCCAUUUUCUUUUUUUUUUUUUAAAUUUGUGUAUGCAUUUGUUUAUAUACUUUGCACUGUUCUUUAUUUUUAUCACCACUUACUGUAUCUUUUUUGUUGUAUCUUUAUUUGCACAAUGCUCAUGUGUAUGUGCUCACAAAUCAGUUUGUUGCUCUCAGUCACCAUGAGUCAGGUUGUUGCUCUGGAUGUGUGAAAAGUGGAGGGCAACAGAGAAAAGCCAUUUGUUUACUGCGUCUGAGGGCUAAACUUUGUUGCUUAAAAACACUACAAGUAACAUGACAACGUAAAUGAAAUUCUUUAUAUAACUAGAGGUGCGUUCACCAUUGCAAACAAUGCUCAACAGCUGUUUAGUGCAUUAUUACACUUUAGGCAGCCAGGGGUGUUGUAUCUGUUUACAUGUCUGCAUGUAAACAGGACUCCAUGGUAAAGACAUUAACUCUGACUGCGGUGCUGCAUAACAUGAAAUAGUUUCAUCAUAACAUUCAGAGGUGCUGCGUAUGACAAAUGUACUGUAGACUCACUUAUUUUUUUAUUCAGUUAAGGUUUUUAUUCGUUAUGUAUUUCAGUUCAGAUACAGCAUAAGUAGUGGCCAUGUUGGAUCUGUUGACAAAUCACCAAUUCGAAAUUUAAAGUAAUUUGACCCCAAAAUCCCUUGUGAUGAGUAGAUUGUAGCAGCUUGUUUUUGUCUGUAGGACCAGCAUAAUGAAGCAGCCGUCUGCUGUGGAAUGCUCACCACAAGAAAUCAGCAUUUCAUCUUUUUGUUCUUGACUUGAAAAUCUCCCUUUCUUUUUUUUUUUUUUUUUUUUGGUGAACAAGCUCUUUAAUUCAACACGCUGAAAAGACUCACUGUAUGAUUUAACAGGAAUGUUGUCACUUAGGAUAUUAUUGCUUUGCAAAUAUCUGUGCCUUUCGCAGUCUUGGAUUAGAGUUAGCACUACAGUUGUUAAGGUUUAUCUUCUGUAGCAAGGUAGGAAUGUUAAUAUUACUGUCACUCUUGUCUGAAAUGCAGCACACAGACAUUCAUUCUAAAACUAUAUGGCACACUUGGCUAUCAGACACCAGACUGGACCGUUAUGGCACAAAAUUUAAAGUUAUGCAUUAACCUGAUGGUUAGUUUUUGUGCUUAAAUUAAUCUAUUUACUUAGCUUAACUGUGUCAGGAAGUCAAUUAUAGAAGAACCUGAAAAUAUUUACUGAUAGUUGAUACUGACACAGGUCUGGUGUCUGGCAUCCACAGGGCAUGUGUGCUGUAUGUGUUUUCUAGCAGUGAUGAAAAGGUACCAGACUCCAUAAAGUAUGCCUACCAUGCUCCAUAGCCUGAGGUAGCAAGGCAACACCUGCUCUGGCUUUUACAACCACUAUAAUUGCAAUCCAGGAUAGACGAAAUACACAGUGAAUAUGUCUGGUGUUUCAAAAGAGAAAAAAAAAGCUGUAAAUGUCUAUGUGUAAAGUUUUACUGAAUACUUAGAUAAAGACAUUAAUUUCUGAUUAAGUACUGUACAUUGCUGUGUAGGUAAAACUGGCAUUAGUGCUGGCUCCUGUACAAAACAUUCAUAUGGGAUCAAUUCAUGACAACCCUUCUCUGUCUUAUUUUCUGUGUAAAUAGCACUGUAGAUACUACCGCGUGGUUGUUAUCAUAUAAACUGUUAUAAUCUGUAAAUAGUAUAAAAAAAAACAGUAUAAAAGUCGGUUACACAAUCUAGCUGUGUCCUUGUUUGCUCUGUUUCAAGGUCACCGUGAUCAUGUUAGAUUUAAACACUACAGUUUAAGAAUUAGGAUACUCUUUUUAUUUGUUGUCGUUUCACUUUUUUUCCACGUUGUUUCCAUUAAUGUGCAUCCUGAAAGUGUUUUUGAUACAGUAGCCAUCUGUUUACCAAUCACCCAGCUGGCGAGCAAGACAAAAAAUAAAGACAUUUUGUAUAUGACCUCCUGUAUAUUUAAUUAAAAUAUUUUACUAUCUA